AUGCACGCUGCCGCCGACCAGCCCGACGGCCUCGACAACGAAUUGUGCAGUCACCUCGAGGACGGCAGUCUGUAUUUCCUCAAGGACUACGCCGAUAUUUCCAAUCCCGAAACAAUCUUGGACUUCGGCACAGUAGGAGAUUGGAAUGAGGUCUACGGAAAAGGAGUAUCUACGACCGGUACGCAUUUUCGCACGUAUGCCAUCCUCGGAAAUAAUGGCCCAUACCGUAUCCAAAUCUGGGACAGGGCGUCGUUCCACCCGCUGAAGUGCUUCCUGGAGGGACGCCGCGUUGCUUGUGUGGCUGUAGCUGGGGAGGUGCCAGAUCGCCGGGGGCCGUCCGGGAUGGGGAGUCGGGUCGGGAAAAUCUUGUGGUACAAGGAGGAAGCCAAGCUGUGA